CGCGCGGUCCGGGCGCUCCGGGCGCUCCGCCUAUGCCCCGCGGGGCCCGCGCGGUUGCCCCGCGCUCGGUGCGGCCGCGGUAGCCGACCCCGGGGCCCGGGCGGCCCGACCAUGUCGCUGGAGGUGCUGGACGCGCUGUACGUGGCUCUGGAGCUGGCCAUCGCCGUGCUGUCUGUGGCGGGCAACGUGCUGGUGUGCGCCGCGGUGGGCACGUCGAGCGCGCUGCAGACGCCAACCAACUACUUCUUGGUGUCCCUGGCGGCGGCCGACGUGGCCGUGGGGCUGUUCGCCAUCCCCUUCGCCAUCACCAUCAGCCUGGGCUUCUGCACCGACUUCCACAGCUGCCUCUUCCUCGCCUGCUUCGUGCUGGUGCUCACGCAGAGCUCCAUCUUCAGCCUCCUGGCCGUGGCCGUCGACAGGUACCUGGCCGUCCGCGUCCCGCUCAGGUACAAGAGCCUGGUCACCGGGACCCGGGCAAGAUGCGUCAUCGCCGCCCUCUGGGUCCUGGCCUUUGGCAUUGGACUGACCCCGUUCCUGGGGUGGAACAGCAGAGACAGUGCCACCAACUGCACAGAGCCGCGGGGCAGAAGCACAAACGGGAGCUGCUGCCGCGUGAAGUGUCUCUUUGAGAACGUGAUCCCCAUGAGCUACAUGGUGUACUUCAAUUUCUUUGGGUGCGUCCUGCCCCCGCUGCUCAUCAUGCUGGUGAUCUACAUCAAGAUCUUCGCGGUGGCCUGUAAGCAGCUCCAGCGCUCGGAGCUGAUGGACCACUCGAGGACCAUCCUGCAGCGGGAGAUCCACGCAGCCAAGUCCCUGGCCAUGAUUGUGGGGAUCUUUGCUCUGUGCUGGUUGCCAGUGCACGCCAUAAACUGCGUCACUCUUUUCCAGCCGGCUCGCGCGGAGGGGAAGCCCAAGUGGGCGAUCAACCUGGCCAUCCUGCUGUCACACACCAACUCGGUCGUCAACCCCGUCGUCUACGCCUACCGGAACCGAGACUUCCGCUAUACUUUCCACAGAAUCAUCUCCAGGUACGUUCUCUGCCAGAAAGACGACCUCAAGAGUGGGACUGGGCAUGCAGGAGCACAGCCUGCUCUUGACCUAUGACCCAGGCUCCGGCGGACUCUUCCAAGUGCUUCCCUGGGGUUACCACAUAUCUAGCUAAUUUGUACAUGUUAUUAGUAGGCGCCAAGGGUUGACAAAUACAUUUUUGUGGCAUUUAUUGUUCUACUCGGCUGCUCUUACUAUGUGGAAGAUGCUGAUGGUUUUGAUGGAUUCUAAAAGGCAGGGUUUUUUUGUUCCUUUUUUGGUUGUUUUUUAAGAAUCUGCCUCUCAUAGUAGGAAAUGACUGAAACCAUUUUACUGUGAAACACUGUGAACUAUUAUAAGGAAAAUACCUUUAACUUAGAGGCAUGGAAAAUGAGUUGGAUAUACUGAAAAUGUAUACUUGCUCCUAGGAAGGCCACCAGGCAAUCAAGUGUAGUUUUUCAAUCAAGCUGCUGCUGUUAAUUUAGGGAAAUGAGACUCCCGUAAGUUCUUAUGUAGAGUAUUAUCAGCUAACAGUGCUGAGCGCCCUUCUUUUCCAUAUACAGAAAACUAACUCUAGAGGAAGAAAUCGGAGAAGUGGGGCUCUUCCUGCUAGAUCUUGUUGUUGUUGCCCCAUUCUAGGGCUUGGUAAUGGUUUUUCUUUUCCUUUUUUUUUACUUCUUUCCCAAGGUCAUGUUUGGCCAAGUUGUUAGAACCCAAAGUGUGAAAAUUUUACUAAGUAAAAUUAUAUAACUGUUUGUGUGUAACAGGUAAAAUAAAAAGAAAACUUUUCAAAAACCCAAGGCUCUGCCAACCAUAGAGCACCGUGGCAUCUGCGGCCUGGGCCUGGGCACCGCGUUCCUUUGUGAGCACCUCCUGUUCCCGGGCUCAGAGGGGGUGGAUUCCUGGGCUGUAAAAUCACCUGCUUCCUUUGUUUGUCCACUGCGAGGAGCCUGCAGGCCUGUGAGCCCCUCCGGAGAAAGGGAAUCCUUCUAGGAUCCCACUCUGGCUUUCCCUGGGAAGAAGUGCCCGUCUUGUGCUGAAUCUGUCUCCCAUUUGGAAAAAGGAUCCUACUUUGGGUCGAAUCAAGUCCCAUUUCUCUCCCUGGAAACAAGCCACCUUGUAUCUCUUUUGCCCUUUCUUCUUCAGACUGAAAAUUGUUCGCAGUGUCUUUCACUUCCCUCCAAGACAUGACUUUGGGACCUUCUCCUCAUGUGGCCUGUAACAAAGUUCAGAAUUACACGCAGAGCCAACGAGCCCCUCCCUUGUCUGAGUUACCAGCUCGCUAACAACACAGCCUGCUUAAGUGGUUCUGGUGCCAACGCCACAGACACCCGGAGCUUCCUGAAACCAGAACC